AUGUUAGCGAAUUGUAAAAAGCUACGGCCUUUGCUAACGGGAAUCCUGCGCGGUCCCCUAGGCCAGCAAACUGCCGGCAUUAAGUAUUUUGCACCUCCUAUAAAAUAUGACAAUAUUCAGAUACCUGAAAAGCCGAAGCUUCGCUUCAUGGAUAAGGUUCCGCAACUACCGAGCAACCUGCGCGCGCCGAAAAUGCAGAAAAAGCUUAAAUGGAUGCGUGGCCCUGAGAUGGUACACAACUCACUCGUCCAUAAACAGUACGGCAUCAUUGCCACGGGUGGAGGCAGAUUGAGGUGGGGCCACUUUGAAAUGUUGCGUCUUACGAUUGGUCGCAAAAUGGAUACGAGUCGUAUGUUUGCGAUUUGGCGUGUCGAAGCACCUUGGCAGCCGGUGACUAAAAAAGGUCAGGGACAACGUAUGGGAGGCGGCAAGGGGGCAAUUGAUCAUUACGUUACGCCCGUGAAAAGCGGCCGAGUGAUAGUAGAACUGGCCGGUGAGCUGGAGUUUUUAGAAGCGAAACAGAUUCUUGACAUCGUUUGCCCUAAGCUCCCAUUCAAGGCCAUGGUCGUCUCGCAGGAGAUGUUGGAGAACAUCAAAGCGGAAGAAGAACGUUCGCAGCGGGAAAAUUUGAAUCCCUGGAAUUUCAAAUACAUCAUCCAAAACAAUUUUGGAGGGUGUCACAGAUGGUUGUCACCAGUCGAUCAUAAAUGGUUUGGGAAAUAUUUGUAAAAGUU